GAAUUGGAAUUCUAUAUGCCAUAAUUUUGCUGCAUGCGUUCUGAAAGAUUUGCCAAGAAGAAGACCUGAUUGAAGUUCCCAAACGCAGUGUUGGAUCGCCAUAUUGACACACGUCUGAGUAAUCCAGAGUUUUUCGGUGUUCUUGUUCAGUAAUCGAAACUCCACAAAACUAAAAUGCCAGCCAUUUCGGAAAAAUUGGGCACCGCCCCCUUCGAUCCACGAUUCCCCAACCAGAAUCAAACUAAAUACUGCUACCAAUCCUACGUUGAUUUCCAUCGCUGCCAGAAGAUCCGUGGAAAGGACUACGAACCUUGCCAAUAUUUCAAGCGUGUCUUCACAUCAAUGUGUCCUAAGGCGUGGGUUGAGAAAUGGGACGGACAAAUCGAAGCAGGCACCUUUGCUGGUAGAAUUUAAUUGUGCUAGUUGAAGGUAGCAGCAUAAGAAUAAGAUACCAAACAAAGUACUAGUAAAACAACUUAACGGUAAUAAAAAUACUUUAAAAAAUGA